CUCUGUGUUGCUGCUGCUGCUGGUCAGUGAUGCUCAAGCCUCUCAUUAUCGAGGCACUAUGAUGACUUACUACCCAGCAGAAACUAACUCAGACGGAUCCACCUCUGUGAUCCUUCGCUUUAGGUUUAACUACCAAACCUGCAGUGAUGGUUCUUAUGCUUGUACUGGAAACUGUGGUGUUGAAAGUACGGUUCUUGUAAAUACCAAGAUUGAGGAAGUGAGUGGUUCUUGGUGUCAGAGUGAAAAAAUCACAACUCGGCUGCUUCCCAACAACUCUCCAUUGCAGCUUGUGUUUUCCAGUAAUUCAUGGUUUACUAAUUUAAAUGGGAUUGGAGACUGGAGAGCGGUGACCGACGUUGAGUUGAGGCGGCGAUCCGACACCAAAAAACCAAAUUCAUCACCACAAACCACCGUGGUUCCCGCACUGAGGGUACCAUCAAACUGUGGAGUAAAUAUUCCCCUGUUGGCCUUUGACCCCGAUGGAGACCAGGUUCAGUGCAGAUAUGCUAGCCUUUCUUUAACAGAAUGUGCAUCGCCCUGCACACCUCCACCUGUUCUCAGCCUCUCCUCUAACUGCAUCCUGACAUUCAGAGCAACUUCCAGCAGUGAUGAAGGCUGGUACGUCGUCCAGAUGGUGAUGGAGGAUUUUCCCCGACAACCUGUCACUCUGACUCAGACUGACGGGUCACAGGUCGUAAAAACUACCAGCGAUGCCAUCAGCAAGAUACCGAUCCAGUUCCCCUUUCAAGUGGAUCCUGCAGUAUCUUCCUGUACAGAAGGAUUUUAUCGGCCGAGAUUUGUGAGUCCAACUCCAGAACAAGGAGCUCAGCUUUCCGUUCUCCCCAAUCAGGUCGUGGCGAUCAACAUACAAGCAGAGGCGACUCAUUCUGCGAUCUUUGAGCUGCUGUUCAGUGGGCCGAACAACGUGGUCAAGAUUUCAUCAGGAUCAGGAAGUUUCACUCUGACGUGGAAACCAUCUGCAAGUGAUGAAGGACAGAGUCACCCCAUCUGUUUUGUUGUCCAAACAAGUGUCAGCACUUCUGUUUUUCAGUCUGCUCUUCGAUGUGUUGUUGUGAAUGUUAAAUCUAAAGAACCACCUGUGACUUAUAUUCAUGUCCUAAGAAUGAAGAUCUCAACCACGCUCUCAAUAAAGGACAAUAGAAAUGCCAUCCAAGAUUCAAUAAAAGAAGAACUGAUAACGAACCGAGGCUUUCCGCCAUUCAUAACGGUGCGCCUGCUGAGCGACGGGUCAGUGGUAACAACACAGUAGGCGCCCUCUAGUGGCCAACUUUGAGAACGAACCAUUCGUGGAAAAGCGCUGGACACGGAGCCGCUUUAUCUGGACAUUUUACAACCUGUUAUUGACAUUAAACCCGAACUUCAGCGGCUUCAAACAAUAUAUGUACAAUUUAAUAUAUUUUAACUCAUCGGCUUUCACAAUCUACUAUUAAUUUUUUUCCUCAGAUGUUCUCUCACUUUUAAGUAAUUCUUGGAUCUCUGUAAAGAAAUAUUUUUUGUCGUCUACUGGGCUUAAACGGAAAAAGUGCUUCUCAUUUUUUAAAACUUGUAAGAAAUAUAAUUAGACUUUUUUUUGCUGAACUUAUUUUUAGAAUAUGUUUUCAUUUUGUACAAAGGAGUAUAAGGGGAUAAAAAAACAAAUGUAUGUCAAAGUCAUAGUAUUGUGAGAAUAAAGUGGUAAUAACAUGAGAAUAGAGUGGUAAUAGUAUGAAUAUAUAUAAUUUCGUCUUAAUUUUAUUUAUAAUUUUUUUAAAGCAUGGCCCUACAACUCUGUUGUAGUUUUGAAAAGUUUUAACAUAAAAAUUAAUCAUGUUCAUUAAAAUAAAAUGUGUUUUCAGUCAUUUUGAAGAAAGAUGCACC